UCUUUUCCUUCCUUCUCAUUCCCUCUAUCGAGAGGUAAAUUCUUCUCUUUCAUAUAUGAGGGAUUUUCCUUGCGUAUUCAGAUAUGGAUUUUUUCCCCUUGCCAACCUAUAUAUAUAGUUGUCCAUUUUGUGACGAGGUGUGUGUGUGUGUUAAAAUAAACAUCAAGAGAAAAGAAAAGAUAACAGUGGUGCACUGGCCGAUUGUUUGUCAAUUCAACAACACCAACAACUUCAAACAUUAGUAAUCAAAUAAAUUACUAAACUGGUUGGUACACGUAAUAUUUCCGAAGUACAGGCUGAAGGAAAUUUUGAACAGUACGAACAGAAUCUUGAAAAAAGACGACGAGAACGUGAACGAAAACAACAAUAUUUGUCAGAACUGAAUCGGCUUGGUAAUAUCGAAGUUGAACAAACAAGUCCAACACAACGUGUUGAAAGUUUUAUUAUUCGACGACCACUACUAUUUGAAAUGGCAGAUAAAAUAUUAACCUCUCGCAUCAGUAAACAACUGGAUCAAUGGCCUACAUUCGGUGGAAAAUUAACGGAAAAUGUAACGAAAUGGUUAAAAGAUAUUACAAAGGAAAUGGAUUUGGUUAAGUUCGAUAACGAACAAAAAUUAAGCAUCAUUCAAACUUAUUUAGUUGACGAUGCAAGGAAAUGGUUGAUAAAUAAUAUGGAAAGAUUAUCGACAUGGUCAGCAUUUGUCGAAGCAAUCAAGCAAACAUAUUCAUCAACAUUUGCUAAGGAAGCAGCUAUUACUCAAAUAGCUCAACGCAAUCAAGGGUUAGAUGAGACGGUGAUGCAUUAUUAUAACGAUAUGAUAGAAUUGUUUGAUGUUAUCGAUCACGACAUGAAUGAUUUAUUGAAAGUCAGCUAUCUAAAAAAUGGAUUAAAACUAUCAUUGAGAAAAGAAGUAUCAAGAAAAAAUCCCCAAACACCAUCUGAAUUUAUCAAAGCAGCGGUAGAAGAAGAAAAUCUGGAUUAUGGUAUAGCAACAUCAGUACAUAAUUGGGAAACUCCAAUUAUUAUGCGCGAAUUACCGCAUCCAAAAAUCAAUAUCAACAACNUAUCAACAACAAUACCAACAACCAAAUCAAUAUCAACAACAAUACCAACAACCAAAUCAAUAUCAACAACAAUACCAACAACCAAAUCAAUAUCAACAACAAUACCAACAACCAAAUCAAUAUCAACAACAAUACCAACAACCAAAUCAAUAUCAACAACAAUACCAACAACCAAAUCAAUAUCAACAACAAUACCAACAACCAAAUCAAUAUCAACAACAAUACCAACAACCAAAUCAAUAUCAACAACAGAACCAAUAUCAACAACAGAACCAAUAUCAACAACAGAACCAAUAUCAACAACAGAAUCAGUACCAACAACACAAUCAAUAUCAACGACAACAGCGAUGUUAUAG